AUGAGAACAAGGAGAGGGCUGUGUUAUCCCAAACUGCAUAUGUGUGGGGAGAAUGAUAAUAUAGCGGUAAAGAGAAGAGUAGAGUUCGGUACAGAACAAAUGGGUUGCCGGAAAAGAUUAAAGGUCUCGCCGGAGAUGGCCGGAAAGUGUGAUUUCUUCGAUGCCUUGCCGGACGAUCUUGUCCUUUCGAUUUUGUGCAAACUCAGUUCCACCGCUGGAUCCCCCACCGAUUUCACCAACGUUUUGAUAACAUGCAAAAGAUUAAAUGGAUUAGGUCUCCAUUCGCUGGUUUUAUCCAACGCUUCUCGGAAAAUGUUAGCAGUGAAAGCAAAACACUGGUCUGAGUCGGCUCACCGAUUCCUCAAAUUCUGUGCCGAUUCCGGGAAUGUUGAAGCCUGUUACACUCUUGGCAUGAUUCGAUUCUACUGUUUGCAAAAUCGAGGAAGCGGGGCGUCUUUGAUGGCGAAGGCGGCGAUCAGCUCUCACGCGCCGGCUCUUUACUCUCUAGCCGUUAUCCAGUUCAACGGCAGUGGUGGCUCAAAGAACGACAAGGAUCUCCGCGCCGGUGUAGCGUUGUGUGCACGCGCCGCCUUCCUGGGGCAUAUCGACGCGCUGAGAGAACUUGGCCACUGCCUGCAAGACGGUUACGGCGUCAAGCAAAACAUAGCGGAAGGACGCAGAUUUCUCGUUCAAGCCAACGCCCGUGAAUUAGCCGCCGUUUUAGCCGCGACACCAUCAGCGGCUCCGGCUUCUGGCUCGUGGUUGACAUGGAACCCUGUUGAACAUCACCGCCACCUGAUUGGCACUGGAUGCCCUUUGUUGAGUGAUUUUGGAUGUAAUAUCCCUGCGCCGGAGCCUCACCCGGCAAGCCGGUUCUUAUCAGAAUGGUUUUCAAUUCGGGGCGAAAACCCGUGCCCAGGGCUCCGUUUGUGUUCUCAUUUGGGCUGCGGGCGACCCGAGACCAGACGGCAUGAAUUUCGGCGGUGUUCUGCAUGCGGAGCCGUGAAUUAUUGCUCACGAGCUUGCCAGGCGCUGGACUGGAAAUUGCGUCACAAGGUGGAGUGCGCACCCGUCGAGAGGUGGGCUGAGGAAGGUGGUGAAAAUGAACCUAACGGUAACGGCGGAGGUGUUGACGGCAACGGCUAUGAGGCAAUGGUGGAGAGUUAA